UUCGAGUGAAGUAAGUCUUCCUAUUUUUUUUUUCGUUUAUUCAUUUAAAGUUCUUUGUUCGGUUAAGGUGAAAUUUGAGCGUCAAAAAUGCGCUUGAUUUUUAAAUAUUUGUUAUUUUUGUGUGCGAUAUCGCAUUCCUUGGGAUUACGGCGAUUUUGGAGAGGCCGGUAUACGAAAGGUGGAGGCUUGGGAGACCCAAGCAAAAAUUCGCAGCAUUUAUUGGGAAGUGACGGAAGUGCCGAAGAAUUGUGGUUCACGCAACAAUUGGACCAUUUUGAUCCGACAAAUGACAGGACUUGGCAACAACGUUAUUACGUCAACGACAAAUUCUACCAGCCGGGAGGUCCCGUUUUUCUCAUGAUCGGUGGCGAAGGUGAAGCCACUGCCAAAUGGAUGCACCAAGGCGCUUGGAUCAAGUAUGCGCAAAAGUUCAACGCUCUCUGUUUCCAAGUCGAACACCGUUUUUACGGCAAAAGUCAUCCAACGGACGAUCUUUCGACAGAAAAUUUGGUCUACUUGAGUUCCGAACAAGCUCUUGCGGAUUUAGCGAGUUUCAUCACGGCAAAAAAUCAACAAUACCAACUUGUCAACCCCAAAUGGAUCGCGUUCGGGGGAUCAUAUCCCGGAUCUUUAGCUGCCUGGUUGCGUGAAAAAUACGGACAUUUGGUUCACGGAUCGAUCAGUUCGAGUGGACCGUUGUUGGCGAAAAUCGAUUUUGUGGAAUAUUUCGAAGUUGUGAGAAAUUCGUUGGCGACCUACAGUGACGGGUGUGUCAGUGCGGUGCAAAAAUCCAUUGAGCAAGUUGAAUUGUUGCUCAAACACAUGAUCGGCCAACGAAGUCUCAAUGAAAAAUUCAAAUUGUGCGAUCCGGUGGAGAAAUCUAUUACGAAUCCGCUUGAUAUUGCUAAUUUAUAUGAGAAUCUUGCGGGAAAUUUCGCGGGGGUCGUUCAAUAUAACAAAGAUAAUAGUCCUCAUUCGAAGGUUACAAUCGAUGAUCUUUGCGAAAUUAUGGUAAACCAAACAAUUGGCGCUCCCGUAAGUCGCUUGGCUGUCGUCAACUCGCUCAUGUUGAACGUCUCCGAGGAAAAAUGUCUCGACUUCAAGUACGACAAAAUGAUUGCCGAGAUGAAAAAUGUUUCUUGGGACGCCGAAUCUUCGGAAGGAGGUCGUCAAUGGACUUAUCAAACAUGCACCGAAUUCGGCUUCUACCAAACUUCCGAAAAUCCCGAAGCUUUAUUCGGAGAUCGUUUUCCCGUUGAAUUUUUCGUAAAACAAUGCACAGAUAUCUUUGGUGCCAAAUUCACGAAUGACUCGCUUUCGCGUGGCACAGACCGGACUAACAUGAUGUACGGCGCACUGAAUCCCAAAACGACGAAUGUUUUGUAUGUUCAUGGCACCAUCGAUCCGUGGCACGCCUUGGGACUGACCAAGACAAUGGAUAAUGAGAUGCCGGCGAUUUUGAUUGAUGGCACCGCACAUUGCGCCAACAUGUAUGAGCCGAGUGACAAGGAUUUGCCGCAACUCAAGCAAGCACGAGUGCAAAUUGAGAAGUAUAUUGGCAAUUUGCUCGAGACUGAAAGUAACUGGGAGGUGAACAAAGUUUAAGUUUUUUUUAAAAGUUGCGUAAAAAAUGAAAAAUUUACGUUUCAAUUUUUUUUAGAUUCAAAAAUAAAAAAAUAAUAAAAAAGGCCACUCUAAAUAAAAAUAAAAAAAAUAAGUUGCUUAGGAUUUCAGAAUUUAAAAUAAAAAAUUUGAAAUAUUUUCUCUACUAAAAUUAGUAUUUUAAUACAUGAUUUUUUUUAACAUAAAUUUUCCUCUUAAAACAUUAUUACCAAAAUAGGUAUAUU